UUGGAGAAGAUAUGUUUCGUCGUCGAUAUCGGAUGUCAAGAAGUUUGUUCCUUCGUAUUGUUGAUGCAGUGAAAGAUCAUGACUAUUACUUCCAACAACGAAGUGAUGGACUUGGUAGAAUGGGAUUAUCACCGUUACAGAAAGUAACAGCUGUUUUUCGCAUGUUGGCAUACGGUCUACCAGCUGAUGCUACGGACGAAUACGUUAAAAUAGGUGAGUCAACAGCAAUUGAAAGUAUGACAAAAUUUUGUCGUGCUAUGGUGGAAAUAUUCGCAGAGCGGUAUCUACGAACACCUAACGCUAACGAUAUUGCUAGGCUACUCUAUAUUGGAAAAAAACGUGGUUUUCCAGGAAUGUUAGGAAGUCUUGAUUGUAUGCAUUGGAAAUGGAAAAAUUGUCCAACAGCAUGGUCUGGGCAAUACACAGGACGUAGUGGGUCACCAACUAUUAUCCUCGAAGCUGUGGCAGAUUAUGAUCUUUGGAUAUGGCACGCAUAUUUUGGUAUGCCAGGCACCAAUAAUGAUAUCAAUGUGCUGGAGUCAUCUAAUCUUUUCUCUAACCUAGCUCAAGGUAUUGCUCCUCCCGCUCACUAUGUUAUUCAAGGAAAAGAGUAUAAUAUGGGUUAUUAUUUAGCUGAUGGUAUAUAUCCGAAAUGGGCUACUAUUGUACAAACAAUCCAACAGCCACAAGGUAGGAAGAAAAAAUAUUUUGCCAUGAAACAGGAAGCAUGUAGAAAAGAUGUAGAACGUGCGUUCGGAGUUCUCCAAUCACGAUUUGCAAUCGUGGCAGGAUCAGCACGUUUUUAGAAAA